CUUAAUAAUGUACAAGCAAAUCAAUUUAAAAAAUUAUUGUACGAAGAAUAUGAAUAAAAAUAUAUUACAAGUUGAAAUAAAAUUCAUAAAAAGCGCCUUUAUAUUAUUCGAUACCGAUUGGAUGUUAAAAAAUCAUAUGAACCAAUAGUAAGUUGGAUUUAAGAGGAGUGUGUCCAAUGCAAUGCAUUACAGUGGACAUUGAACCAUAUUAACAGCAGCAAGCUGAGUUCGUCGGUGUGUGAAUCACAGCCAGUUAUCUCCGGCCCGCUUACAAAAAUACCUCGUGGUUUUAUAUAAAAAUUUUUAUAAGAACUUAAAAAAAUCAAAUUUUCUACUCCGAAAUAUUAAAAAAAAGUGUGUGUGUGUGUUUAGUUUUAUUUCGAAUUCGUCUUAGAACAUGUCGUUUUUUUCGUUAGUGGAUAAUCCAUUAGUUAAUAUAUGGAUAACGAUUAUUUUUUGUACAACGAUAUUACUUUUAUUUGUUGUUAAACGGCUUUUAAUUAAAGCAAAUAAUAAUUCAAAACAAAAAUCAAAAACAACGUCGAAAGUUAAAAAUCAAACUCAAACGCAAGGACAACGUAAAGAAGCGAAAGUAAAAGAUACGACAACUAAAACUAAGAAAAAAUUAACGGAUAAUCAACGUUUUCGUGCCGAUAAGCAAGCAUUUUCACAUUCUUGGCUUUUAACCUCAUUUAAAGGACACACUGGUGAAAUACUUGAUAUAGAUUUCUCGAGUAACGGCAAAUAUCUUGCAUCUUGCAGUGAAGACGCACUGGACCCGGGCGGAGAAGCAGCCACAAGCAGUGGCAGUGAAUCAUCAAUCACCAAAGAUCAACCAGACCUGACCACAACUGCCAACAAUCGUAAAACACAAGCCAAACGAAAAAAUCGGCGCAAAAAUCGACGGACAAAGACAUCAGACGAUACAACAUCCAGUAGUGGAUCAUCCCCGGAACUACGUAAGAAAAAAAUGUCGAAGAAGAGGGUCACAGACGACGUGAGUCCUGCAAAAAUGGUGCUCUAUCCUCCGUUACGGAAUCAUACCAAGUUAAAUAUAAGUGAAUCGCAAUUAUUUCAUUUUCUACGGAAUUAUCUACUUACCCCCGAACAUUUAUUAAGUUUGGGAUAUCCGGUCGAAAGUGGCACAUACCCUGGACGUGCAAUGGUUUACAAGAACCCUUCGAUCAAUCCUCAAACACGUUUAAUUUCAUCACGUUUUGAUGUGAACGCUCGAGAAUUUGUGCCCGGUUCAGGUUUUAUGAUUGUGAAUAAAUCCGAUAACUUACCAUCUCGGACUUUAAUAAAAUGUAGUGAUCAAGAGUGUGACGAAGAUUCUGGACAGGGUUCGGGAACUUCCAGUCCAAACAGUGAAAGUAGUGAUGAAAUUAUAACGGACCGAGUGACCGAAGAACGGAAAUGUGUGCGAUGUGGUCGGGAUUUUUUUAUUGGUCCAAAUGGGGAUUAUUUAACACAAGAACAUUGUAAUUAUCAUUGGGGAAAGUUACAUCGAACCCACGCGCCAAGAGUUGGAAUUAAAUCGGAAUAUACUUGCUGUAAAGGGGAUUGUGAUUCGAUAGGAUGUUCCACCGGGAAAUAUCAUGUAUGGAAUGGUGUUAGCAACGGGAUAAACGGUCCAUUGGAUGGUUAUGUGAAGACACGACUAAAACGAAGUGUUCCAAAAGAUGAAAAUUAUGGUGUUUACGCGCUUGAUUGUGAAAUGUGUUACACAUCGGAAGGACUUGAAUUAACCAAAGUCACAGUGGUCACAACCGAUGGACGAUUAGUUUACGAUUGUUUUGUGAAACCCGACAAUGAAAUUAUCGAUUAUAACACCCGUUUUUCGGGUAUAACCGCAAAAGAUUUAUGUAAAAAAUCAUAUAAUACAGUGAAAACGUUAAAAGAUGUGCAAAGUGAUUUAACCGGAUUUAUAAAUGCGGAUACAAUUUUAAUCGGUCACGGUUUAGAGAAUGAUUUACGUGCGUUACGUAUCAUACAUAGUACGGUUAUUGAUACAGCAGUGACAUUCCCACAUUAUUAUGGAUUACCGUUUAAAAGGUCAUUGAAAUCAUUGACGAGUUGUUUUUUAAAACGGGAUAUUCAAUGUGCGGGCGUUGCAGGACAUAACAGUGUUGAUGAUGCACGUGCAUGCAUGGAAUUAAUGUUAUGGCGUGUACGGAAAGAUUUUCGAAUACAAUUACAAGAGUUACAGCAUCUUCAUGGUCAUCAUUGAGUGUCCUGCAUCAUUCUCGCGAAAAGAGACUUCUUCAUUUGUUUUUUUAUAAUUUCUCAUUAACUUAUUUAUUUUCAUUUUUUUUUUCGUUAUACCUCGCAAACUAAAAAAAAUGGUGUUUUCUCUGUGUAUAAAUCGAAUUUUCUUCGCUAGUUUUUUAAGUGGUGUGUAAGUGUUUAGAGAAGAGUCCUCAUUUUAUAAACUCGGCAGUGGCAGUAUGAGUAUUCGUACCCCCCAUUUUGUGAAGGAAGGUAAUUUAGGGAAGAAAGGAAUUCUUUUUCGAAAUUCCCUAAAUUCGUAACUAAACAAUUUUUGAUAAAACAAGGAA